GUGGGCGGCGCGGCGCAUUCGAACAGGGCGCUGGAGGGCGGCGGCCGCUGGUGCGCUUGCCUGGGGGCAGAUUCCAUGUAAAAGCUGGAUGGGUGGCCCACUCGAUUGUAGAGAAGAUAAAAUUAAAAAAUCAAGUUAAUCUCUCAGGAGAAGCUUCGGUUGUAUAUUUUAAAUCCUAAAAUUUAAACGUGCUUGAAGCCAAAAUGCCCAUAUACACAGUUCCUACUAGAAACCACACUGAGGUGCUUGGUGUUUCUUCUUUCCAAAAAAAUCCUCCACAAAAUACCUUUCCUAAAAGCAACAGGUUUGGACAGCAGCUUAAAUCACAGGUACCAGAAGAUGAAAAAGAUAAUUCACUGUCUCUUUCUCUGACUAAGACCAAAGAAAUAAAUAGGACCUAUGUGAUUUCUGCCUGUAAAAAUGCAGGUGAUACUUCAGUUACAUUUAAACCCGAAGGUAGGUUAACUCUCCAGAGAAGAACUGGAGCAAGCAAAAUAUCCUCUUCUAUUGAUAAACAGUUGGAGGAGAAGACAGCACAGGACAUUGAAAGUACCCAAACAGAUGGAAGACUUACCCUGAAGCGACGUUUGGGGACUGGAUCAAUAGAGAAACAUAAAACAAAUAAGAACAGUGAACCUGGGAUAGAAAAUAGAGAUUCUGUUGUUGCACAGACAAAUAACAAAAAUGGAUUUCCACCAGACAUUAGUACUAAUAACACCCAUUACAUUAAAUCUAGUACUCAGUUAGUUGAAGGUCAGAUGAAUGAAAAGAGAUGCUCUGAUCUGAAAAAUAAAGAUUCCCUUGCUAAUCUUAAUGGUUCAAGUGGAAAUGGGAAUAGUAAAUGUUUGAAAUAUAGGACAACUAUUGCUGAUGCCAAAAUUCAAAAUGACGUUCCCAGAUCAGCACAUUUAAUAGCAACAAAACUUGUUAACAGGACCCCAGGGGUAAAGCUGAAUGAAAAAGAUAAUUUUAAUGAACUGACUGGAAAGGAAAGGAUACAAAAUUCAGUUGCUAAAUAUGGCAGUUUGGAAAAACAAAGAACACCUAGGAAAGGUGGUACAACAGAAGGAACAAAGGCUACACCAAUGCGUGGCACUCUUCAGGAUGCCAAAAGUCCAGCUAUGCCUACUCUUAAGAACAGGACACCUUGUCUUCAAGUUAUACAGAAAAAGAACACCAAUGCAUCCAGCUCUUUGUCCAUACAUAGAAGUGCCAGGGCAGAAGGGAGUCAAAUAUUUAUGCGACCUGCUGCACUUAAAGUAGAAACUGUAGCUCAGAACACUUGCAUAGAGGAAAAUCCUCUCAAAGUAGAAAACAGUAAAGUGACUGUGGCUGUGCGAGUAAGGCCCUUCAGUGACAGAGAGAGAAAAGAAAAAGCAUUCCAGGUGGUCUCCAUGAGUGGCCUGGAGACAGUUGUGCGACAUCCAGAAACAAAACAAGUGUACGACUUCAUUUAUGACUUUUCAUUCUGGUCUUUUGACCACUGUCAUCCUAACUUUGCCAGCCAGGAGACGAUAUAUAAGGCAUUGGCAGUACCGCUUCUAGAAAGAGCCUUUGAGGGAUACAACACCUGUCUUUUUGCUUAUGGACAGACUGGUUCUGGAAAAUCAUAUACGAUGAUGGGAUUUGGUGAAGAACUAGGAAUAAUUCCAAGAUUUUGUGAAGAUCUUUUUACUCAAAUAGCACAGAUGGACACACAGCAGAAUUUGUACCAUCUUGAAAUGAGCUAUUUUGAAGUCUACAAUGAGAAAAUUCAUGAUUUGCUCAUCUUUAAAGCUGAAAAUGGACAAAAGAAACAACCUCUCCGUGUAAGAGAACAUCCAGUAUUGGGGCCAUACGUGGAAGACUUGACAGCGAACAUGGUCAGUUCUUAUUCAGAUAUCCAGAGUUGGCUCGAGCUAGGAAAUAAACAGAGAGCAACUGCUGCCACAGGCAUGAAUGACAAGAGCUCAAGAUCUCAUUCUGUCUUCACCCUUGUGAUGACGCAGACAAAGACAGAGUUUGUGGAAGAAGAAGGGCAUGAUCAUAGGAUUACCAGUCGCAUAAAUCUAAUAGAUCUAGCAGGCAGCGAACGCUGCUCUCCAAGUCAGACCAGUGAGGAGAGGCUGAAGGAGGGCGUGAGUAUUAAUAAAUCACUGCUAACUCUGGGGAAAGUUAUAUCUGCGCUUUCUGAGCAAUCUCAGAACAGAAAGAAGGCUUUUAUUCCUUAUCGGGAAUCUGUCCUUACGUGGUUAUUAAAGGAAAGUCUUGGUGGAAAUUCAAAAACAACCAUGAUUGCCACAAUAAGCCCUGCUGCCAGCAAUGUAGAGGAAACCCUUAGCACUCUUCGAUAUGCUAAACAAGCUCGUUUGAUAAUCAACGUUGCCAAAGUAAAUGAAGACGUGAAUGCUAAAUUAAUUAGAGAACUGAAAGCAGAAAUUGAGAAACUGAAAGCAGCUCGCAAAAGUACUCUAAAUAGAGAUCCUGAGAAAUAUAGACAGUAUCUGCAAGAAAUAACAUCCCUAAGGGUAAAACUACACCAACAGGAGAGGGAUAUGGCAGAGAUGCAAAGGGCCUGGAAAGAAAAAUUUGAACAAGCAGAACAGAGGAAAUUUGAAGAAACAAAGGAGUUACAGAAAGCAGGAAUUACGUUCAAGAUGGACAAUCGUUUGCCAAACCUUGUCAAUCUCAAUGAAGAUCCCCAGCUCUCUGAGAUGCUUCUGUAUAUGAUAAAAGAAGGGCAAACUACAGUUGGAAAGUACAAACCAAAUUCUCAUCAUGAUAUCCAGCUCUCUGGAGUGCUAAUUGCUGAUGAUCACUGUAUUAUCAAAAAUGUUGAUGGUAGAGUGAGUAUUACGCCACUGGGAGAAGCAAAGACAUAUGUUAAUGGGAAACACAUUUCAGAGCCAACAGUUAUGCAUCAUGGUGAUCGGGUGAUUCUCGGUGGAGACCAUUAUUUCAGGUUUAAUCAUCCAGUAGAGGUUCAGAAAGUAAAAAGGCCAUCUUGUGGGACUACCCUUUCAUGUGAUGGGCCAAAAGAUUUUGAAUUUGCAAAAAAUGAACUGUUGGUUGCACAGAGGUCACAACUUGAAUCAGAAAUUGAAGCGGCACGAUUGAAAGCCAAGGAAGAAAUGAUGCAAGGUAUCCAGGUUGCAAAAGAGAUGGCUCAACAAGAACUUAUUUCUCAAAAAAAAGUUUACGAAAGCAAGAUAAAAUCACUAGAAGCAGAACUGAGAGAAGAAUCUCAUAAGAAACAAAUUCAGGAAAUGAAUCACCAGCAGACUGCUAACAAAAUACAAGAACUGGAAAAAGCAAAGCAACAUCUUGAGUUGGAAGUAUGUUUCAGCAAGAAGCGCCUGGAAAUGGAGACAUUAGCCACCAGACAGGCUUUAGAAGAUCAUACUAUUCGUCAUGCAAAGAUUCUUGAAGCUCUGGAGGCUGAGAAGCAGAAAAUUGCUAAAGAAAUAGAAACUCUCCAGCAGAAUCGUGGAAAUGGGAAUAAAACUAUAACUAUUAAGCCUAACUGGAAUUCUAUGAAACUCUCUCUGAUGAUCCAGGAGGCCAAUACCAUUAGUAGCAAAUUAGGAAAGCACACAGUCUUCUGCAGACAUGAUAUAUCAGAACAAGGAAAUGGCACUGGACCUUCUGUUAAAGUGCUGGUUCGUAACCUCAAGCUGGGAAUUGCAACUUUCUGGAGCCUGGAGAAGUUUGAAUAUAAGCUAGCAGCAAUGAAAGAACUCUAUGAGAGUAACGGUAGUAACAAAGCUGAUGAUGUAUUUUAUGAUCCUGCUGAUGAGUGGGAACCUGACCUUACAACUACAUCCGUUUCUUCCUUUUCCAAAAGGAGGAGCAGAAGUUUCAUGAAGAACAGGAGAAUUUCUGGAUGUUUGUCUGAUAUAAAAUUGCAGCCGAUCCAGACCCUACACACGUCGCACUUAUCAGGUUCAGUCAAUAAAUCCAGCAGCAUAUGUUCAGGUUCUUCUGAAUCAUUUCUACCUGGAAUUUGCAAAGAAUUAAUUGGUUCAGCUUUGGAUUUACUAGGACAGAUUCAUGAAGAAGAAAAGAGUAUAGCAAAUAGUCUCCUAACUAAUUUGCUUACUAUUUAUACUGGAGUAACUGCCAUUUCAAAUGCCUAUGAACAACAAGAUGAAGAAAGUCAAGAUAAUUUUUUCCUUCUUGAUCGUGCUACUCAGUCCUGCAGCAUCAGAAUUACCUCUGCAUUUGAACAACUUGUGGUUCUAACCGAACUUUGGCUUAAUAGUUUCCAAAAGUGCACUGAUUCCCUAAAAAUUGAUGAUGAAUUGAGACUGGGUGUAAAAAACCUGGGAGGUUAUUUACAAUUACUGUUGCAGGGUUGUUGUUCAGAUAUAUCCUCAAUGGUAACGGAAGCACACAACAAAAUAAUCCAAAUAGUGAAACAAGCAGGAAAACAUGUAGGACACUUGACAGCAUUUAUAGGAUCUGACCUACACCUUUCUGAAGAGACCAAAGAAGGUGCAACUAUCUCACAGGAAGAUUUUAUACUUGCUAUUUAUGAUGGAGUAGGCUCAGGACUGAAGAGUCUCUUGGAUUCUGUACAGAAAAAAACAAGAGAGAUGCAGAAAGAACUUUUGAAACAGUAUCCACAAAAUGAGGUUCAAAAUCAAAUAAAGAAUAAUGCAGUGGCUUUCGCCAGAUCCCUUGAAAAUACAAUAUCUGACUGCAAAAAGAGAGAAAUGGGAACUCAAUUAACAAAAGAAAAAUCUGCCCACCAGGAACUAAAGAAGGCAACUAAUCUUGCUUCUGAAUACUUGGAAUUAGAGCAGUGCAUAGAUAAAGUCUGUCAGAUCAUUACUACUUCAUUACAAGGAUCAUACAGAAAUACAACUCAACUCAGAAGCUAUACAGAAAAGAUUUGCAUCUUAGCUGGGCAUUUUAAUAAUUACUGCACUUCAUUUAGCUUGCCUUCUGCUUCAGCAAACAGUCCUACUUGCGGAACAACCACGUCUUUUAUGGUCACUUCUGAAUUGGAUUCUCUAGCCAAGUCACUCAUUAUAAGUUUUGAACUUGAACAAGGACAUAAUUCAUUGGCCUCUCAGACCAUUUGUAUGCAAAAGACCAAGACUGAAGAAAAACAGCUUGAAACUGGUGAAUCUACUUGGAAACAGAAAGGAGUUCCAAAACGCGAAUAUAAACUUCAGCCACCAGCUACAAGUUCAGGGAAACUUUCACCCAGUGGGAUACAGUGGGUAUAAAAUUAAGGCAUUAAAUAUAGUAGACUCCUGAAUGUAGGAAAAAAACAUUAUGGGCUAUCUUUUUUUUUUAAUGAAAGAGAGACAAGGAGGGCAUCUGUCUCUUUUAUUUUUAGAAGGAAAAAUAAUAUAUCGUAGAAGGUUGAAAUGUGUUCGUAAUUUUAUCAUGAGCAUGAACAGUGUUGUGUGAAAGUAGAGGACUUGAGGUACAAGAAGAUAUGUUGCACUGAAUUGCACAGGAACAAAUGUAAACCCAGAAGACUUUACAUUAGACUUACACUUAAGAAAAUUACAAACAAGUGUAAGUAUUUUUAUUCAAACCUAUAUCUAACUGUAGUAAAUUAUAGAGCAGCAUACAAGAAGUAACCAGACAGUGGGUAAAAAUCUAGUACAAGAAUAAUAUGUAAAUACAAAAAACUGAGAAAAGCGAGGAAAUUCAGUGUUAAAAAUGGGCACUUUAUCCUCCAUUCAUAAUGUAGCCUCACUUUAAUGCAUGAUAAUUUAUUAAGGGUGCAGUGUCAUCCUUACCACUAUGUUUCCUGGCUUUUUUAUUUUUGGUUUGUCAGCUUUAAUAUUUUUGAGAGAGGUUUUUGGUAUCUGUUUUCUUAGGAAAGAUUUGAAAGGCUACAAAAAUUAUUGGGUAAACACACAUUUAAGGGGAUAAUUUGUAUAGGAUAUGGGGGGGGUUACAGAGCUAAGAUAACAUUAAUGCAGAUUGACUAUAACGAUUCAUGUUGCAAAUUAUAUAGCAAAAACAAUUUUCCUUGAUUUUAAAUAAUUGUUAGUGCUAUGCAUAGAAGUUUAGAGGCAUAACACUUUUAAAAUAUACAAAUAAAUCACCAUGUGAGGCACUUGAGAAUUAUGUUGACAUGCAGCCUACAUUUAAUAUGUUCAUACUGAAAUUUUAAGGCCAGGUGGAGCUUAGCUCUUUGCAGGUGCACAAAGGAGAGGGAAGGAUACAAGGCAUCUUUCCCAGAACCUCAUGCUCCUGCGUAAGUACAGGGUAGAAUCUGAGACCUCAGGGAAAGCAAGGACUCUGGGUGAAAUCCUGGUUCCAUUGACUUCAGUGGGGCCAGGGUCUUUCCCUCUCAGUCCAGUGCUGGCAGUGGGCUUACCAAAGUGGGUGAGGACAUAGCCAUCUUCUCCUCUACACCAGUCACUAGACUAGCCCACUUGCAUCCCAAGUGAUACUGGCUGCUUCUGGGAGCUUUGGCUAGCCACAGUCUGGCCCCAGUUGUACUAAUGUUGAAAGAUUUAUAAGAAUAUUUUGGUGACUGGUUUACAGAACACUCAUUAUAGUGUUUACUUCCGUGUUCCUUUGUGAAAUACACUCAGCUGUGAUUCUUUUCAAGGAUAAAAACAGAUACCUUUGAGACUUUCAUUUUCUCUGUGUUCCUGUAUAAUAGCUAGAGUAAUAGAAGCAAACAUGUGGACCAAAUCUAGGCUACAAUGUGUCAAAUUGGUAAGCAACUUUUCCCCUUUCCACAUCCCUUUCUAGUUGGCUGUAGUUUAAAAAGGCUACAGUACUUCUAGGUAGAGCUAAUGAUUGCUGUGAAAAUCAAGUCUAAUGGGGCAUUUGAGAAGUGUUCGUUCUUGAACACUGAGAACUGAGAGAUCAUAACACAUGUUCUGUUAAGAGCACCUGAUUUGCUCAGUGAUGUUGUCCAUCCUAGUAAUGAGUGACAUUUAGUGCCUAUUAUCAAACCUUUCAACCAAGUAUUCAGGGAUAGCAUGUUUCUUGAUAGUUCUCCUCCCCCCCCCCCCCCUUUUUGGAAUGUAAAACUUCCUCUCAAAGAUAAAGUUCCCUUUCUUGAUUAAAUUCAGUCACCAGAUCAAUGCCAUUUUUGUUUUGUUCCUUUUUUAGCAUUUCACUUGGUCUUGUUAGUCAAUGCUUUAUUUGGUUAUAGUGUGAUGGAGCAGAAAUGGUGUUAUCCAACUUCAGAUAGAGCAGGUGAAAUCCUGGCCCCAUUAAAGUCAGUGGCAAAAUUCCAAUUAACUUAAGUGAGGCUAGGAUUUCACACAGCAAGUAGUAAAGUCUGAGUACACCAGAAAUGAUCCCCAUUGAAGUGAUAUAAGUGAACAAAAGGAGACAAUAACAAUAUAAAAUUUUUCUCCUGUGACUUUAGUAAUUGGAUGUUAAGAAUUAUUAUAGGAUGAGGUUUUUGUAUUUGGGAAGCUGUAGUUAUCUAAUAAGCAAGUAAAUAUACAAUAUGCCAAAGACUAUUUAUUCUAGUAAAAGGAAAAAAUACACUCCUUUUGCAGUCAUUUCUUGAAGUCCUCUUGAAUGCAGUAAAAGAUCUGCAAAAUGUGAUUUGUACUGUAUAGUACAGCAACUAGAACACUAAGUGACCUGAAAAAUUGGCUGCAAGUGAAUAGAAAAUCAAUCACCUGCUUUGUCAAAUAUACAUUUGUUUUCCACAUUAAAUAUUGUCCAAAUAUUUUGUGAACAGUAAUUCAGUGAUUUUGGCCAAUACUGUAUAAACUAUAUUUCUCUGAUCUUUGCUAUUGGGAAAAUAAAAGCUUUGCUUCAGUUUGUAAUGCACAUCCAGUACUCUCCUUAAAAUUAAUAUAAUUUAAUAUCUUUUCCAGGAAUGUUUUGCAGUGCAGUUAUGUUUUGUCAAUGUGUUUUUCAGAAAGGUUGACAGAAUAUUUUUAUUGCUAGUAGCAUUUGUCAUUGUAUCACAUAAAAUGUGAUAUUGACUCAGUUAAUCACUUUCCAUUUUCAUUGAGAAGAAAUGUAAAAGUUUAUUCAUAGCUUGACAUCAUAAUCUACUGUUAGGAACCUUUGUGUGGCUUUUAAAAAUAAUUAACAAGUGGGAUCCAACAUAUGUUUACACGUUCUGGAAAAGUGCUAUUUUGUAUUUGACUGAACUUUAAAAAAUGUAAUUUGCUGUUCAGAAUCAUGUACUGUGUAUAUAACUGUAAACUAUUGUAAAGAGUAGAAUCAGACUGUGUAACUGAGAUAAUUGCCAUAAUUUAAGACACUUGUAAACAUUCUAUUAGUUUCCAUUUUUAUGGUUGCUUUGAGACCUACCUAUGGUACACCUGCUGAGAACAUAAUAGUGUGUUACAAAAAUCUGAUAAAAUAUUUCAC